AUGCAUAACAGCACAAGAGCUAUCUAAAUUGCUAUUGAGUAUUUAAAUUAUUCAUUUUAGAUGGCAAAUCUAUUUCUUAUUUUAUUUUUUUGUUUAUGCAAUAAAAUUAAAUAAACCUCCACCUUAAAUAUACUCUUUGAAAAUUAAUUUGGCUUAUUAUUAUCAAGUUUUAACAUUCCAUCAUCUAAUUGACUAAUCAACACUACCAGAUGCUAAAGUAGUUCAAUCUAAUGAGAAGCAUACUCAUUAUACCCAUUCACUAUGACCAUCUAAUUAGGCUUUUUAUUAUCCUGUUUUAACAUCCUAUAAUCUGAUUGACUAAUCAACACUACCAGAUGCUAAAGUAGUUCAAUCUAAUGAGAAGCAUACUCAUUAUACCCAUUCACUAUGACCAUCUAAUUAGGCUUUGAAUUAUCCUGUUUUAACAUCCUAUAAUCUGAUUGACUAAUCAACACUACCAGAUGCU